AUGCAGCCAAUGGCGUCGUCUUCAGAAAUCAAUGUUGGAAUCUUACACCAGGUUGGUUCUACAUUUGUCAACUCUUCUGAAUUGAUAGUUGAAUCAGAAGAUUAUCUUUUAGCUAUAAUGGCAUCAGUGGAUCUUAUAGAUAUCAGUUCAUCAGACAGCGACUCAGAUUUACGUGAAAUAGACAAUUAUAGAGAUGAGUCUCCUGUUAGGGAUACUGCCUCUUUUUCCAGUUCUAGGGUCCUUCCACCAUGGGCAUCUUCUACUCCUGAUUUGACAGGUUACAAUGAUCUUUCGUGGAAGGCUCCAUCUUUGAAGAUUUCUGAUGAAAUUUCGUUAAAACCCCAUAAGCAUCUGAGUAAUGCUGAAACAGUUGGAACUUCUAGUUCAAACAUGUCUCGAGAUCCAAAUAAUAAAGGUAGUUUUGGUAUAAAUGCUGCAGUACCUCCUUCUCGACAAGCUUUGAAAAGAGCCCUUCCUGCAACCUUUCAGCCUUCUUCAUCUAGUGCAAGAUCCAACAAUUUAGCUGAGAAUGCCAUUACUGAAACUUAUGCAAAACUUAACCAAUCUUCAUGGUCAAAAUUUUCUAAUGGCAAGAACUCUGACAAUUUUAUCGGGGUAAAUCUUAGUGAAUCACCACUCUAUGAAAACAGAGGCAAUAGACAAUUACCACCAUCUCUAUUUCUUGGAAAAUCUCCAUCAGCCAAUCCGUAUGCUGGUCCAAACGAUUCUCUACAUCCCGUGGUUGGUGAAGAAAAGACUACGGAUGCUGAUGAGAGAUUGAUUUUCCAAGCAGCUUUGCAGGACCUUCAUCAGCCUAAAACUGAAGCUAAUGUACGUGAUGGUACCUUGACAGUUUCUCUUCUCAGGCACCAGAAAAUCGCUUUGGCAUGGAUGCUCCAGAAGGAAUCAAGUACUAAUUGUUUGGGUGGAAUUCUGGCUGAUGAUCAGGGCCUUGGUAAGACCGUGUCAAUGAUUGCCCUCAUACAGAUGCAGAGGCUUUUAGAAGCAAAAUCCAAACCUGAAGAUUCUUGUAGCUUCAGAGCUGAACCCUUGAAUUUGGAUGAUGAUGAUGAAAUUAGUGUUGUUAAGCUUGAUGAAGAAAAUCAGACUCAAGGAUCUGAUGAUUUUACGGCACUUCCAAAAUCAAGUCGUUCGAUGGGUGAAUUCCGUGGUAGGAGGCCAGCAGCAGGUACACUUGUUGUCUGUCCAGCCAGUGUUCUUCGACAGUGGGCUCGAGAGUUGGAUGAGAAAGUUACAUCUGAAGCUAGACUUUCGGUUUUAGUCUAUCAUGGAGGAAGUAGGACAAAAGAUCCUGCUGCGUUGGCAAGGUAUGAUGUGGUUGUAACAACAUAUUCCAUUGUGACGAAUGAAGUUCCUAAACGACCUCUGGUUGAAGAGGACGACGAUGAACAAAAAGAUGCAGCAAGAUAUGGAUUAUCUUCUGAAUUUUCCAUAAACAAGAAACCAAAAAAGUCAUCAGUUAAGAAGAGCCGCAAGAAGGGUGGAAAUGAAAUUGAUGUCUCUUCUUUUGAUACUGAUUGUGGUACACUUGCUAGGGUGAAAUGGUCUAGAGUAAUUUUAGAUGAAGCUCAAACAAUAAAAAAUCACAGAACACAGGUAGCUAGAGCCUGCUGCAGCCUUAGAGCAAAACGAAGGUGGUGCUUGUCUGGAACACCUAUACAAAAUUCAAUUGAUGAAGUCUUCAGCUAUUUCAGGUUUCUGAGAUAUCAACCAUAUGAUAAAUUGAAAUCAUUUGGUGCUUCCAUCAAGUUCCCAAUCUCUAGGAAUGCAGUUCAUGGUUACAAGAAACUUCAAGUCAUCUUAAGACAGAUCAUGUUGCGCCGAACAAAAGGUGAUUGCUUUCAUUAUUAG